CACCCCUAUCUCCGGAAGUGCGCGGCCGAGUUCAGGCAGCUCCUUCCGCUCGGCGCUGAUUGGCCGCCGCUGCCCCACGGAUCGGGGAUCAGUUUGUUUACACCGGAGCCGGAGCUGGGGGGCGGGGGUCUGCAGCUGGAGAGAACUUUCCAGAACCAUGAGUGAACGGCACAGCAACCAGGAGGAGAGCCUGCAGGGAUCUUGGGUAGAGUUGCACUACAGUAACAAUGGCAGCAAUGGAAGCAGCACCCAAUAUGGAGCACAGGAACAGGUUCCAGCACCCACUUCAAUCCUCAAUGGGGAAAUGGAAAAAAUACUUCUAGAUGCUCAACAUGAAUCAGGCCGAACCAGCUCCAGAGGAAGUUCUCACUGUGACAGCCCUCCACGUUCAUUGACUCCUCAGCAGCCUCGCUGCAGUUCAGAAAUAGACACACAUAGCAAUGGAGAGAAAAACAGCUCUCAGUCUGAAGAAGAUUAUCUUGAGAGAAAGAGAGAAGUAGAAAAUAUAAUGAAGAAAAAUGCUGAUUGGAUCUGGGAUUGGUCAAGCAGGCCAGAAAAUAUACCCCCAAAGGAAUUCCAGUUCAAACAUCCAAAGCGGUCCGCCACGCUGAGUAUGAGGAACACUGGAGUCAUGAAAAAAGGUGGCAUUUUCUCAGCUGAAUUUCUGAAAGUCUUCCUACCUUCCCUGCUUAUCUCCCACAUGUUAGCCAUUGGUUUGGGAAUCUACAUAGGUAGACGCUUAAGUACCCCAUCCAGUGCUGUUUGAGGAUAUCCAAGUGAAGAUGCAUGCUUGUGAUAUGUGGCAGUUCCUGUGAAGAAGUCUUCAGAAGCAGCCAUUGACAAUGGCCUUGUUCACCUUUCCUGUAGUGCUGGGUUCUUGCUCUCUCUGCCAAGUGAUAAUAACAAUCUCAAAAACUGUGUUCUUUAUUGAUUAGCCCCAUCCCCUCACUGCCUAGUUAGACUUUAUCUAUUCAAAAUAAUUUUCACGUUCCACAAAUACAGUGACAUCGGGACUUAAUUUUCAUGGAAACCAUUUCACAAGUUGUGAAAUAUUUUACAUAGAAGUGAGAGAGAAUAGUUUAGAAAUUUUGGUUGAUAUGAAUAACAGUUCAACACAUCGCUGAAACAGUUGGAUGCGUUACAAUUUUCAGAUUAAUCUUCCCUCUGGGCUGGAUGUGUAGGCGUUCAACCUUCUCUAUACGUUUCUUCAGUGUUCCACCACUGGGAAGAAUUCCUUCUUUAAAACAUUAUAACUGAUAAUGAAAGAGGCACAAUUACGUGAGAUUCCUAGUUAUUUCUAACAAUGAAGAGGGUGUAAAAAGAACAGAUCUACGAAAUUUAGUUAAAUCUGCAAAUGAACUCAAAUACAUGCAACUAAAGCGUGAUGUAGCUGACUCUUGUAAUUGAAUACUGGGGUGUUUGAAAAGUUGAGAUCUUGCAUUAUAUUUGAAAUCAUUAAAUGGAAUAAGAUCAAUUAUGAUUGAAAAUUUUGUUUAGGAAGUUUUUAAAUAAUCUUUUAAAAGCCAAUUACAUGAUAUCAAAUUUAUUAAGUUUACUUUGUAUUAUUACUGGACUUAAUUUCAAUGCAAAGUUUUUUCAUUGAUUGCACUUGUGUUUGUCUUGGUGAUAAAUUACAGUAAAAAUAUCCAUAAUAUGACAACAUUUAUUAAUGUACUGGAUUAUAUGUGAAAUUUUAAAAGUUAGCUUGAUAUUUGUGCUAGUUAGUAUUGUUAUAGGCUUGUUUAGAGUUUAUGUAAAAAACCUACAGUGAAACAUCAUGAUCAUCACAGUGGAGGUAACCCACCUACCUGCCUGUUGGAUAACUGGACGUUCCAGAAUUUUGCUCAUAUUCUAGUAUAGUAAUUCAUUAGGUAUGGCAAUGAAGAUAUAUACAACAAAUAAUAAAUGAAGCAUUCACAGGAGCAUUGACACAUUAAAAACUUUGGUAAUUAUAGUCCAGACCUUUUACAGCAGGCAUUUUAUGUGCAAAUGUGAUUUACCAUUUCUACCAGAUGCUUAGUUUGGCAUGAUAGCUUUGAUAAAAUUAAAAAUCAUUUGAAUUCCAGUUAGUUGGCCUUUAGUGGCUACAGAGCAGAAUUUGUAUUUCACAGUUUUAAAGACUCCACAAGAAGAAUCCUCAGAAUUUCAGUGUUGCUUUUCAAGAGUAGAUCAGCUUUCUUAGUCUUUCUAUUUUGCUAGGUCGAAGGCCAGAGCCAUCAAUGCGGUACAUAGAAUAAAUGAAAAGAAUGAGAGAGAAAUUUGAAAGCAUCUGGAGGUAUCUUUGAGGGUACUAUUUUAAAAUGUGUACAAACAAUUAAAGUUUAAGCAAAAAGAAGUCUAAGAUUUCUGUUACAUUCAGUGCACCAUAAUGAAAUGUGAACUAACCAUAGUUGGUUCUGUUUGAAAGGAGUAUCCAAAAUGUUAUUAUGAAAAGCUGUGAAACUGUUGUUAAUGGAAAAGGAUAGCAUUAUGUUUUGGCUGAUGCAAUCAAUUCAGAUUUAAAUAACUCCAAUUUAGACUUGCAUAUUUGAAAUUGUGGGAUCUUUAAUUGGGAAGAAUUGAUCAUUGUAAUUUGAUUAACAGUGCUUUCACUGUCCUCAGAUUUGCUGUAUUGAGGUGACAGGUUAAUGUGUCAAAUUUUUGCAAAAUGCUAUGUUGUGUGUUUCAUGCUUGUAAUCCACGUGGACAUUCUCAUAAUUUGCUUUCAAUGCUUAAAACAUAAAAAUAAAAGCAUUGUAUGAUUAUGUUUCA